AGUUUGUGGGCACCAUGGAAACAACAACUGAACACAAAGUCUGCAAGAACUUCCUAGAUUUCUCUUCUACCAGAAUGGUAUAGAUGACAUGCCUCUGAAAAGCAAGAAGAAGGGAAAAGGAGUUAAAGUAAUAGAUACAUCAGUGCUGAAGAAGUUUAUGAAAACAUAUGAGAAUCACUGUGCCCAGUGCCAGUCCUCUGCCAGCUCCACCAUCACUCGUGCCCUCAAAAAGAGUAUCCAAAAUGGCUCCCGCUACCUUAGGAUCAUACUGUCCUGUCCUGAGAGUUCCUCGGCUAGUUCUGCUCCGAUAUUACUAAGGCCGCUAUUGAUGACAAUCCGUGAUGAACGUUACAUGCUUGGGACAGACUUAUGCAUAUGGGGAAUCUCCCUCAGUAACCAGGACGUUGCCAGUCUUGCCAUAUUGCUGGAGCUGAGUGGGAGAACCUCUUAUCCGUUCAUGAGACUGGAAGCUAUUGACUGUGGGAUAGAUGUCUGGUCGGCAGAGAGGCUGGGGAAAGCAAUGAGAUACAGCCAGUUGACGUCUGUUAUCUUGGAUUACAACGAGUUCCAAGAUGAAGGGAUCCAACGCCUUGUUCAUGCACUGGAAGGAAACAUGAAGCUGGUCUCUCUUAGCAUGUGUUACUGUAAUCUUGGGCCUGCCAGUGGAACCAUACUGGGGAAACUUUUGGCAGAGUCGGCAGUCAGUGAACUGUACCUCACUGGAAACUUCUUGCAGUGCUCUGGGGCAGUGGCUCUUAUUACGGCUAUUGCGGAAUACGCUCAGGGACUGUCUGCAGUACAGUCAGCUGAGGAGACAACAAGCUUAGCCCAUCAGAUUCUAGAAGCACAAGACCAAGUUGGCAUCCACACAGCGGUCUCUGGGCAGCCAAGCACCACAGAUGGAUCUGCAGUACCAGCUGCCAGAAGUAUUGAAAAGAGAAGUAGCAAAAAAAAGGGAAGAAAGAAAAAGAAUAAACCUGCGCCACUUCCCGGGCCUUGGGUGAGCAAGCUACAUCUGGGUGAUAAUGGGAUUGAUGCAAAGGGGAAGGAACGAGAGACCGGGGUGCUGGAGUUCUCCCAGUUACUGAGCAGCCUCAUCCGCUACUCUGAGCAGCUUUCUGAACUGGACAUUGAUGAUAACUGCCUGGGAGAACUGCCAGCCGCUGACAUCCUGGAGGCCCUGACUGACAGAAAUCAAGGAAAGUUACCACGAUUGAAAAUAAAAGUCACAGCCCAGAUAUCACCAUUUACAUUUAAAGCCAUCUUAAAGCAGAGUGGAAAACUGAAGGUCUUGAAAAAGAAGAGAAAAAAGAAGAAAUCCUGAAUAAUGCUGCUAAACUGAACGGAGAUGAGGUUCUGGAUUUUACAAAAUCUCUACAUUUUAUCACCAUGACGACAUGACAAAGAGCAAAACUUGGACAGAUAUGAAGAUUUGUGAUACAUCUGUCAGACACAUUCUUACCUGGUGUAAUACAGUAUGGCCCAGAUUUAUGAAGCCCUGGAUAGUGAUAAAUUGCAUGGUGAUAAAGUCCCAACCAAUCAGCUCCUAACUGUCAUUUUCAAACCCAGCUUGUAACAUGGCAGUUAGGAGCUGAUUGGCUGGUGCUUUAUACCCGUGCAUUAUAUCACUGUCCAAGGCUUUAUAAAUCUAGGCCUGUAUUCCUUAUCAGAGACUAAAACUCCCCAGUACUAGGGGGUAUGCCGUUACACUGACCGGGGUCAGUACAGAGGUGCUGACAAAUGAUAAGUGGGGUGUUCCCAUGUUACUAUACAGGAACUGUACCUCUGCUUGUAAUAUCAGUUACAGUGUAUAACCUCUGAGCAAUCUAUACUCACUGCAUUACAGCUGUUUAAAUGCUGACUUUGGAACCGUGAUGAAAUAAUAUUGUUAUAUAUGUUCUAUUAAAAUACUAAA